AUAAGUUUACAUUCUUAAGGUUUCAUUUGCAUAUCUUGUAGUUAAUGUAACCUCUCUGGAGUCACAAAUACAUUCAUUGGUUUCUUGUAUAUUACAGUGUUUCAGUUCCAUAUACAGUAAACCACUAAGAAGUUGUGUGCAUGCCCUUAUGUCACUUAUGCAUAAAGAAAUGCAAUAAAUAAAUUAAUUAAAUAAAUGUACUAUCACACUGUUUACAGCUGUACUGUUAAUGCUUCGUAUUUGUUUUGUUUUGAGCUGCAGUUCGUGUACUGUGGAGUGAUUGAGAAGUCAUACAACUUAUAGCGUGUCUGCUUUUCAUACAAAAAGAUAACCAGAAAACUACAUGAAUCAUAUAAAUUUGACAUUCAUCUUAAAUAUAUGUAUAUAAAAUAUGCAAUGUUUUGGAAGGUGGAUUUAUAUAUGUUACCAAGUGUAAGUGUGGGAAAGGUUCCUAAUCAGGGUCAUUAGAAGGAACUAGUUUUGAUCACUGGGUUCAUAAUCAGCCCAGAUGACUAGGAUCCUUUCUCCCACUCUCACCUGGUAAUGGAAGUGUGUCCUGCUUCCAAAAUGUAGCGUAUUUCAAAUAUACCUGAAAGAUGAGGGACAGUGUCUGAACACAGUAUGUACAUAAUUGAUAGACCAAUAUCACAAAACUGACAGUUACAUGGUUACGUGCAGCAACACUGAAACAGUUAAAUACAUGGUGACUGCUUGGCUUUGUGCCACCUACCACCUGUGUUUAAGCAGAAUAGUAAUGACUUGUGUCACUUUUCGUUCACUCUGCAGAAGACUAUAUAUGUGGGGUACACACAGAUGCUAAAAAUGAAGGUGAGACUUUCAUAUGUUAUGCAUGAUAUAUACUGGAGCCUCUGGGAAGUUCCUUGGAGUGUCUUGAAUAUCAAGAAACCUUGUUUCCUCUAUGAAAUUUAUAAAAAUUAUAAUCUGGAUUUCAGGGUUUCAUAUAAGUGAUCAGUGACAUGACACCGAAUAGGAGGAGCCUACUUCCUCCAUCCCCUUCUACCCUGAAGAUGGAAGCAGCAGGUUCUUCUGAAACACUGAUAACCUUUCACAACACUGUAUGACAUCACAUCCCAGAAUGCUACAAGCUAAUUUGAUAGCAGUAAAUAAUCUCUCACUUAGAACUUGAAAGUCAGCAACAUUCCAGUCCUUCAAAGCAAUUCACAAUUGUUUCUUCUUAUCCCAUGUAUGCCGAGUCAAAGGGACCACAUACUGUGGAACCAACACCAGAAUCAAGUUUGAGUGGCACUCUUCUGCAUUUAUGGGAUUGGAGGGAGAUGGAACAGUGCACUGUCAUACAAAAGUGACUACUCUUUUGAUCUCUCAACUACUUUUUGGAGAAAAUAUUAAGUUGAUGGGAUUGUUAUCUGACAUCGCCAACUGCUUAUGCAAGUGGCUGUUCUGUUUCAUGUCACUGGUACCAGGCAUCUGAGGGACAGAGGAGUUCACAUAACACUAAUUGUUCUGUGCAUAUAGGAUUAUAUCCAGUGUGAACUGGUUUUACUGAAAUGAGGUAUGUUAAAUGCCAUCAUGAUGUAUAGAUCCACUUUGUAAUCCAAGAAGCAAAAAAUAUUGUCACAUGUUUGGAAUAGGCACUUCCAUGGUAACACAACAGUGGGCCGUUGCAUAACAACGGAUGAGACGAAACUCGUUACCAGUGUAUAAAGAGCGUUCUCGAAGUAAUGGAUCGCCGAACACGUGAGACCGAACCUUGGUGAGAGGUGUCCUCUACUGAGUCCACAGAACACGUACAUAAGCCGAGAGCCACAGACAGCAACCACAUAGUUGGAACUUAGUCGCCAUACAAGACAGUUGAAAGAUAGCCGCCGCAGAAUACAGUUGAAGUGAUAACAAUUGUAAGGUAUGUAAGAUUGAGUGUCCAAUAAAGAUUCGCUGAAUCCGAGACCCACGUGAAGUUAUUUGUCGCUUGACAUACACAACACGUGACAGUAUCUUUGAAGUCUAAUAUCUAACUGGUUACCAUUACAUAAAGAGAUGCAAACAAAUUCGUUACAGGCUAUUUAUAUUGCAGUUAAUAUUACAGUUUAUCAUGCAUCCUGUGUGAAACCCAGGAGUGAGGGUUUUCAUUCAUCUCUUCCUAUUUGCAUCUAUUUUGAACAAAAGUUGCUAUGACCUCAUAUCAGUCUGAAAACAGUGAAUGCCCACACUCGAAAUAGUGCACCAGUAAGAAGUAACUGAUAUACAUGGGGGAUGUGGAGAAAUGAAGAGUGAUACUAACUUCCAAUUAAUUACAAAAUAUGAAUCUGAAUGGAGAAGAAAAUGGAAGGUUUGUUAUGUGAUGCCUGUAAUGGGGAACUGGUCUUAAGUACACAGAAGAAUGAAUAAAAUCUAAAAUUCCACCAAGUUUAACAAUUUUUAAUAAAUAAAAUUGCAUCUUUUGCUGCCUUACAUGUUUUGGCCCUAAGUGACCAUCUUCAAGAGGUGAACCAAUCAUGUGUGAAAGGAGUACUUUGCUAUAGGCAGCAUAAACAUUCAGUUCAUCAUUAUAUCGUCAAUAUUGCCGUGAACUGCACAACAAAAGGCAUUCAUUACGCACCCAUAAAGAUGAAAAAGUGACCUACAACUACAGGAUUUAAUGAACUCUUAUGCUGCUUGCAACUGAAAAAUUACUAUGAAUGCUGUUAUUGCACCUUACUUCUAUCAACACACCACAGGUACUGUAUUUAUUUUAACUACACAGUUUUAAUUCUGAUUAACCAUCACUAGUACUAACUACAUCUGUCCCUUCAACAAGUGUCAAGGAUAACUAAGGGUGUAAUGAAGACUAAUGUAAAGUAUUUCUAAUCAUAUUGUCAGUUCACCUCUGGAAGGUGGCACUUAGAAGCAAAGCAAGUGAAGCAGCAAAAGAUUUUUAUGUGUUUGCUAAAAACUGUUACACAUGAUGGAAUUUCAGAUUUUAUGCAUUACUGAAGCAUAACAGUCAGGAUGUCCUGUAUAAAGGUAUGUAGGAUUAUUCCUGUUGCUGAUAUUACACUUGGUUUAAACUUUUAAAGUACACUGGUAACCAUAUACCAUCUGCUUUAACACUGAAAUAUCUCCAUUUUUGCCUCAGAGCAUAUUUAUAUGUUUCAUAUCAUUCUUGCAGUAAAUAAUAAUUAUUCCCCUAAACAUUAAAUGGUUGGUCUAUGUGAAGGAGAAGUGUGUUCUCUGUGAGGUAGGAAAUGACUUUCUAAAUAUUAUUUAGUUCAGUUUCAGGUUUCAGUAGGCCAAUUAUCACCUUGUCCAGUUUCCAUGCAUUAAUAUCUUGUGCCAAAUUAACAUUUCCGUGUGUGUUUCAAAUUUUGUUAGUUCAUGGAACUUCCAAAUCACUUAGAUACUUUAUUGUACACCAACAUAUGUUCUUCUUCCAGCAUUAUUUGAUCUGUAAUCACUGCUUUGGCCCAUUGUCACGAAUAUUUUCCAUGACACUGUAUAGGUAAUAUAUGAAAUACAGUUUUAUUACGGUAAAUAAGAUUUCACAUAUCUUCUAAACUGCCAAAGGGGGGAACAUGACUCUGUAGCCGAAACAUGUUAAUUGCUUUCCCCCCCUCUUAUACCACCCCACCACAUAGUCAAAUCUACCCCCAGUGACCAGUAACGGCCCCUAGAAUUGCUCAACAUAGGGAAGGAAGUUGGAUCAAUAAACUGGGGUGAGUGAGAGAGAUGGAGAAAGUUGAUCUGGGACAUGCCUGCCACUUCAUGUGGGGAUGAAAUGAGGGUGACAAUGUAGCAUUCUGUGCAACAGGAGGAACAACGGCAUGGUUGAAAUCAACUCCAGUCAUCUGCUGGACUACAAUGACACAAUAGGUAGCAGCACUCUUUACAAUCUGAGCAAUGACAACAGUGCUUGCAACUGUUCAACAAUCACUCCAGUUCUCACCACCAGUGGUGGCCACUACAGAGUCCACCAUGGGCCAGUUCUGCUGCUGACACCUUCUGCAGAGGCUGUCAAGGCACAGCUCAAAUGGGGCUUUCUCCUGCACACAUACGGCUUUGCCUGCCUAUUCUUCAUCCUUGCAUUCUACGCGUUCUUCUCGAUUCUGAAUCUCAGGUCCCUCAUCUCAAGUCGGCCAUUCAUGUCAACAAUCAAUGGCUUCCUGUGCCUCCUUGGUGUCUCCAGGGCUGGCUGCCUGUUCAUAGACCCUUACAAUUUGCGCGAGGCUAUGCCCCGGGUGCUGGGCUCUGUGCUGUGGGAUGUUGGCAUGCCGUGCAUCACAUCAGCAUUCUGCCUCAUACAACUCGCCUUCUUGCAGCUCACUCAGUCCUGCCAACAUGGUCGUCGCAAACUGUGUGACCUCUCGCAUGGAGCCACCAUCUACAUAGUGUCCCCUUGGUCCCGUGUUGGCAAGUACAUGCUGAACCUGGGACCAGAGAAGCUGCGACGCAAGUCCUGCCUGUCACUCAUCAUCACAGCUCAUUUCAGCUUCCUCAUCGGAGCAGAUAUAGCUGUCGGCUUCCAGGAGCAGCUGAUGCUUGUGAAGUAUGUGGUUCAACUUGCAUUCCUCUGCUGGGGUAUCUUCCUCUGUUGCACAUUCCUAUAUGGAGGUUAUCGAGUUAUGGGACUGCUCUGUCGCAUGCCUGGUGGGCUCCUUCAUCGGGACCCCCCUGGUCAUCAGCGGAAGGGCAUCAUGCAGCUCGCUCUGCUGGCUCCAUAUAACAAUCUGGCAAGCUCUGUGGCAGCAGCACUAGUUCCUACGCUUCUCACACCCAAGAUCCGAAUCACUGAUGAAAACGAUCACACCUUCAGUUUUGGCAGUGACUCCAACAGCCAGCCAAUGGACAUAAGUCAGCAACAGGACACUGAAUGCUGCAGCAGCAACCCACAGCCUUCAUCACGAGGCUCAGUUCGGCCAGGGAGUCCUGACCCACGGAGAAGAAUACUACCGAGUGUACAAGUGCAUCCACCCACACCCACACCCACUAUUGUGGUGUCCCCUGGAAGCCGACGCUCCAGCCUAGCAAGUCGCAGGGGAAGUGAGUUUGAGAGCCUGGCAGGUAGCCGACGAGGCAGUGAAGCCAGCAGGCGAAGCAGUGAGAUAAGCCGACGAGGCAGUGAAGCCAGCAGGCGAGGCAGUGAAGUGAGUAGAAGAGGAAGUGAGGUCGAGCCUGGUCCAGCAGGUACAGCUCACAGCCUGGAGACCAUCGGCCGCCGGGCUGUUGGUGAGUUGGGCAGCAGGAGAGGCAGCGAGUGCAGUUGCUCCAACCUGAGCCAGCAGCUCGGGACUGAGCUCGCUCGGAGAGGCAGCAGUUGCAGCAGGAGAGGCAGUGAGUGCAGCUGCUCCAACCUGAGCCAGCAGCUUGGGACUGAGCUCGCUCGGAGAGGCAGCAGUUGCAGCAGGAUUGGUAGUGAGUGCAGCAGUUUGGGAGACAUUGCUGAGGACGAGAUCCGCAUCGUGCAGCAAGAAGAACUGCCUGUGUUGCCAGCCAGUCCAUCUGUGGGAGGAGCAGGUAGCAAGUCUCGCAAGAAGAGUUUGAGUUGGCAGCAGCAGGCCACUGCAUCAGGCAGCAAAGAACAGCAUCACAACUUGAGACAGCAGGUGGUGAGCUGCAGUGAACAGUCAGAGGAUGAGGUGACUGCUGAGACAAGCUUACUGCCUCACCAAGAAGAACAUCCUGCUGAAGAAAAAGCUGGAGAUCUGACCCUGCACUCCAUUCUCAACCACAUAGCAUAUGUAAAUAGGGCAGCACUGCCAAUCCAGCCCAACAUGGUCACAUCUCCACCCACAAGCAGGAAAAGUCAAGUGCAAAAGGUUCUCAAUGCAACGUACAUCACUGCUUUGCUCGGCCUUGUGCUGUGUGUGGCUGACAUGGGCAGGCUGUGUGGGCCAUAUGGGCUCAUGGCCCCCACCAGUAACUCAACAGGCAGGACUCCUCGAGGGGGAGACUCCUUGGACCCACUGCAACAGAAUGACGCAACAGGAUUGCGUCCCUGGCCAUGGUUCUGCUUCCAGACACUGUGCCGGGCCCUCGAGUUUGCAAUGGGCUGCGCGAUGGCUAACAUCACCAAACAGCCCGUCAACAGCCGACACCAGUCCCUGCAACAGCAGUAUGCUUAUUCAUUGAGGCUCAAGCAACAUCGGGAGUCCCUCUACAUGUGAACCAACAUCCAGUGCAUGAGGAUAUGCCGAGCGCUGGAACAAAGGACUGAGGGAACUACAUGUCAGUUAAGAUGACUGGCCUCUCGUCAAAAAUUUCAACUUUCUAUGUUGUCAGUAUGAAGCAGAGAUGAUAAUGAUUAUAUCACGACAUUCAGUUUCCACCUCAGAAACUAAUGUCAGUCACGUUGGAGCUCUCUGAGUUGGCCCUUACACCUCAGGUCUCAUGAAUAUGAAUCAGAUAUGACACAGUGAGACUUGGGAUUCUCACGGAGCCUACUCUGGGAUGUGACGCUGCCAGCUGUGGUCCUCCCUCUCCCUUCAUCCAUACCAUUACUGCCAAACUUGGUUCACCCAUUUAGACUAAAAUUGGAGGCAGGAAGGUUCUCUAAAAUGCUGAUGUCACUGCCCCCAUGAUGGAAUUAUGACAGAAAAACAGGCAGCAAACAAGAAGCUGUUUUAAGUCCAUGUAAUAUCCCUUAAACAGGCUACCACCCAAACAAAUGUUUUUCAAGAACUGUGAGACUGAGCUGCAGUGGCAGCUUACAUUCACCAUCCUCAUACAAAAUUCCAGUACCCAAGUCGCAUGUGAUCACUUAAGUAUGACCAACUUACUUAGACUUACUAAAUCCACAAAUCAAAUUAGGUUUUAAAAUUGGCACAUUCAGAGCAGUAACUGUCUUUAUUUAUAGAUUAUAGAAUAAUAAUUGUUAACGCCAUACAGUGUGAUUCAAUUUGUAGUUAUUUAUUGCCUUUACAUGUUUUGGUCAGCUGACCAUCUUCAUAAGGCAUAAGAUCAACAUCUUCAGAAACUACUAUUACAAAUUUUGUAACACACAAUUACAAGUUAUUAUAUAAGUUAUUUAUAAUUAUUUGGGUUAAAAUCUUAUUAAUAUUUAAUAUCUAAGGUCUUCAACGGGUAUGGUUUGUGUCCUUGUGCCUCUUCUGUAAAAAUGGAAUAUUGGGGUGUUAUUUGGAGUCAUCAGAAGUCCUUGAAGUGAUGACCACCUUUUUUAGCUUGUUACGGUUCUGUACCAUUGUGAUGUCUGGUUGUUUCCGUUUUGCUGUGUUUUGAGGCACUUACGCCUUCUGAAGGUCAGAUGACCAAAACAUGUAAAGGCAAUAAAUAUCUACGCAUUAAAUCACACUGGACGGUGUUAACAAUUAUUAUUCUAUAAUUUAGUUUACUAGUGUGAUGGACCAGAAUGAAUAGAGUUAAGGUGUCCUUAUACAACUUGAAGGAUGUUUAAACUUUACCAUUUAAAUCUUAUUUUCAACUAUUAGUUGGCAAUCCCUGAACAACAACCUGAUAUCGUUCUUUUUAUUGAAUAAAUUGCAACAUAUCAUAGCAAUGACUAUAGAACAGUGAUUUACAUUAACAGACUCAAUAAUGAAAAUAUAAUUUUCCUGCACAGGAAUGCCGAAAAUGCAUACACAUCUGAAACAAAGUAACAAACAACUGCCUAUGACUUUACUUGCCAUACUCACAAGAGAAGCAACAAAAGACUUUGUGAGACACAGAAACAAUAAUAAAGAAAGGCUGUAGCUCUGCGGUGUAUGUAUUAAAAAAAUGUUACUGAAGGAGUCCAACAUUUUUAGCAAGAAAUAAUGAAAUAUGGCCUCAGAUAUUUUACUGUAUUUGCUGUGCAUGCAUGUACCUGUUCUGUGCGCAGUGGGGUGUAUGGAUGUCAAGUUGCUGUCAUCACAGUCUUCUCUUGCAACUGGUCAUGAAAUGACUGGGGCAGAAGCAGCGUCAGCUUCAUUUCUCAGCACCUUCUAUGUUAAUAUUUCCAGCUGGUUUGAUUCCCUUAAUACAUUGCUGAUAGUCAGACUGGCUCAAAUGGUGGGCACAGUCUGCUAUGGUGCUCAAACUGCAACAGCCAGGCCUACAAACAUGAUAUAUACAUCAUUCCAGUGCACAUUCAACACUCACACUUCUUGAAACAAAGGUUGCCACUCUGUUUUGUUGUGUUGAUGUGGACAUAAAUAAUCUUCAGCACAUCUACCCAAGGAAAAUAUAUGCCAACUGAAGUGAAAAGUGGACCUUAUGAAAUUCUGUUAUUUCCACUGCCAGUUGACACAGUCACUCAGUAGACAAGAGAUAAUAAGUGAUAUAAGAACCAACUGCAUGAUACCUGGAAAUCAAGCAACUUGGUGCCCACACAUUAGCUGCAACAUAGCACUCAGAUGUUUAUGUGUUCUGCAGGGAUCAUGAGUGAAUGACUCGCUCAGCAUUCAACAGGCAUAUACAAAACAAUGGUUACUAUGACUUCAUCUUAGAAGCUGCUCACAAAAUAUAAAAUUAUUAGUCAAUUUUUAUAUGAGAAAUUUUUGGCUCAACUUGCUUAGUGAGAAGCAGUACUAAUCACAAAUCCACUAAGGAGGAAGGACAUUCAAGGUUCAUUUGAUCAAUAACAGUCAAACACAACAUUGUUCCUAUUUACAGUAAAAUUAACUUACACACAGGACUUUCUAAUCCACAGUACCCAGUGAACUCAAUUUUUAGCACAUGCCCUCAGAAUCUAAUAUACGGCAUAAUUUAUUUACUGAUGAAUGACUUACAGAUGGAUCUGAAAGCAGUCACUCUGGUUACGUAUGGUCACAUAACUGUACUAUGCUUCUCUUGCAAUAUUGCUCACACUCCUCUGUUAAGCCCUUCCAAUAACCCUCAAAUUAUUAGUCAGAUACCUCUGCUCACCUUGAGGAGGGGGAAAGUCAGAGAAACUAAAUAAGGAUGCCAGAUGAUGGAGUACGUGUAGAGCCAGAAUUAACUACAAACAAAUUAAAAUAAAACUUCUAAAAUCUAUUA